AUGUUCGCAAGCCUACUGGUCGCCUUUCUGCUAGCACUUGGACACCACCUUUUCUACUCGCAUUUGGCCGGCCGAUCCUCUCCAGGUGGAUCCUACGACAUCCUUGGGACAACACUAUCGAAGCAGCGUUUCAACACCGCGCUUGGCACCGCCUUUGCAUUCAUGGUGAAAGCUUUCCUUACUUUGGCCGUGGCGGUAGCAUACGCCCAGCAAUUCUGGCGAUGUGCAAAGACGGCGACAAGCAAGACGAGAGUCUCGACCCUGGACACUCUGUUCUCGUCCUUGCACGACUUCACUUCCUUGUUUAAGAUGCACAUCUGGUUCCGUUAUCCUCUGCUCUUUGCCUUGACUUUGAUUGCAUGGCUCCUCCCAUUAGCAUCAAUCAUCACACCAGCGACUCUCUCGGUCAAGGCCUCUGAGGCACUGACAACUACUAUGGCCAAAGUUCCGCAAUUCGACUUCGUCAGUCUCAACUUCAAUGCAGGCUUGACCUAUAGUGGUAACUACAGCUACAUGGGUCCUGGCAACCUCGUCCAGCGUAUUGCCACGGCUGUCUCCGUUUCAGGAGAGAUAUCUUCGAUCCAGGCCCCGGCUCUAAACUCAAGCUGGGAACUGGACUUCUACGGCCCCUCUCUCGAAUGCAACCAUGUCACCGGCCAGGAGCGAACGGAUAUCUGGAACAACACGUUCAACUAUCUGAACGGCUACCCGAACUGCUACAACUCUUAUGGUUACAUCUCCUGGGCACAGUCAUCUUACGGACAGGGUCCAUUUUUGGAGUCCGCUGGCUUGAACACUACUCUCCUCGAUGAGGCGCUCGGAUUUGGUAUACCGGGCGCCGUCUACAUCGCUGCUAUACCAGCGCUCUUCGCUCAUGAGGUGGAUAUGGCGACGCACACUCUGACAUCGGCAUGCGCGAUGACCACGGUGUACAGAGGAUGGACAAGCAUUACUAAUUCCACGGAUGACUUGCCAUCACCAGAAUCUGCGUACUUUUCUGAUGCCACUUUGAUGAAAUGCGAGCUGCAUAAUGCUUCAUAUCAUGCCGAGUUCAGCUAUGUUGAUGGAGUUCAGAAAGUGGAUGUGACCAAAGGCAUUCGACCGGAUAAUUCUUCUAUCAUUCCCAUCGAGGAAGUCUAUGGGCCGCAACUGGAUGACUGGUCACAGAACAGCACAUGUCUGACUCUCAACACCAAUGGCACUCGAUGCUUCUUUGAUCCGGUGGUGGUGGGAACUCUUUCGUACCAGUCGAUUGCUGCCGCGUUCAACAAACUCAUUCUGGGCACCAUAACGCAGGUCGUGAAAGUCCCGGUUUCAACCCUUGAGAUAGACUCGAACAUCGGAACCUCUGUACUACUGAACACUGAUGAGCUCGCUUUCAUCUCGGAGUGGCACCGUGAUGGGUCCACGGAGUCUGUUCGACCAAGUCUGCAAGGGAUUGUCCAGAACGGAAGCUUCGCAGGAGAGUUCUCAGGUCUCGCAAGUGAAGGCUCAACGGGCUUUGCGAGUCAAGUUCGCACUGGAUCCCGUGGACCUCUAGGACCAGCGAUGGAAACGCUCUUCCAGAACUUGACGAUUAGCCUUUUGAGCGAACAGUUCCUCCAACCCAACUACUCAUCGCCGUUCGCUCCUCCCGCCGAAGUCGAGGUGACUUUCAGGCCGUGGGACAAUGUCUACGUAUACGCAACCACCACUCUGUGGAUUGCAUACGGCUUGGCCAUAUUUUUUACGGUAGUAUCCAUCGGCCUUGGUCUUCUGUCGAUAGCUCGGAACGGCACUGGCUUCAACAACGAUUUCUCCACCAUUGUCCGCGUAGGACGCACGACCACAUUCAGUGAGAAGGGGAAUGCCCAUGACCCGGAUGCUAUCGGAGACGAUUAUCCAAUGGUUGGAAGAAAGUCGCUCUCCGGUGUCGAAACGGCCUACAAGCCAGCCCACGCACGAUCGUUGACCCAAGAAACGAUCGUGGACUCAGGUCGAUCCAUACGGAGUUCUCGUGCUUCGUUCGACAAUGGCAGAGAACGGCCUUUGUCGGAUUCCAGGUCUCGCAGGCGAUCACCACGUUGA